UAUUUUUAGAUAGUGAUUGUUUUGGAUUGGGUUCCUUCCACAAUCUAUACCCGUUUGAAAGCAAAAGCCCUGUCGCCUUCCUUACAACAAACCAGCCCUCACAGACUACUGUAGCUUUCCUCUCAGCAACCAAGCAGCCACCUCGCCGGAAACUACCACAGAGCACACUGACACCCACCGUUGACCACUGAGGACAUCGGAGCACCACCCAAAAACUGCUGGUCAGCCAAAUUCCAUCGAACCCCCACUAUUCCGGGAACCUUCAAUUGCGCCGCCAUGACUCCCAGCCAACCACCCAGACCCACCGCCACAGUUGGUUCUUCUCUCUCUCAGUCAUGAGCUACAACGUGAGAUUGUGGAUGCAGUGCGAAGAGACGAUGAUUUCGUGGAUACAGAGCAGGAGUGCCAAGAGUAGAAUAAAUUUCCGGAGACUUAGUGAGAAACUAUAUCAAUGGAUUUUGAGACAACAAGAAGAAGGAUCAAGAGUGACAACUGUGGAUAUUGUUGCUUAUUUGCAGAAUGAGCUUGAAUAUGGAGCAGAUGAGCCCCCAAUGUCCCCGAGGCUUCCAUUUCAAAACCAGCACGCCCAGAACGCAAUGCACCUAACUAGUAUGGGUGCCCCGGUCUCUUCCAGUCCCUUUGCGAAUAUAGCAACUGUUGGUCAGGGAGUUCGUUCCGGGCAAUCCGAUAAUCAAGCUAAGAACUCUGUUUUCUCUAAUGCUCUCUCUAGCCCAGUUCGAAGGAGCAUUCAGUCUUAUCAUCUCGCACAAGGGGCUUCACAAGGACCUCCGAAUGGUGAGACAAACUAUUGUCAUCUCCAAAACCGGGAUACCAACUCCGCAAGCUCAAAUGACUGCAUGGACAUGCAUGCAGAUAGUCCAGGUGGUCAUGACUUUCCAUACUGAAAGGAUAAAUGAUCUACUUUCUGUAAUUUCUGUUCGGUCAGAAGUCUUCUGUUGUCGGAGAUGUUGAAACUGCUGCAUAUCUUGAUAAUUUACUUGUUUAUUCAGUUUAUUAUUGCCAAAAAGUUUUAGUCAA